AUGGCUGACAGUGACUUAGAAAAAUCUUCCCUUGGUUCUCCUCUAGCACCCAUAGUAAUGUGUGAAACCCACGAACAACCUAUUGAUAUGGUAUGUGAGGACUGUGAUGAAUUCAUUUGUGCUAAAUGUGCCAAAACAGAUCAUAGAGAUCAUGACUGGAACACUAUACCCACGGCAGCCACCCACAGGAGAAGAGGUCUACCUACAUUUCUGAACAAGAUCAAGGAAAAGGAGCUGCCUGGGAUUGAUGAGAAAAUAAAGAAGAUUCUACAACAGGUGACAGAAAAUACAGAACUGUGUGAUGCUGAUAUUGAAAAGCUUCAGAAGCAUGUUGAUGAGAUAAUAGCCAGGUUGAUAAAAAUCAGAAAACGUCAUGAACAAACAAUCAGAGACAACUUAGUUGAAAAGAAUGAUCAGCUGAACCAAGUGAAAUCUGAAUUAGAGAAGAAGAAGAAAGGAAUUACUGAUACAGUGGAAUUCAUAGAGAACAACAGCACCAUGUCAGAUUACAGCUUGAUUGACAAUCACAGAGAGCUAACAAAAAUGCUCUCUGAAUUGGAGGUUCAUACCACAGACUGUGAACAUUCAGUGAGGUUCACUAGGGGUGAAAUUAAAGAUGACUUAGUCGAAUCUUUGAUUGGAAAAACUUUACAUUUAGAUUCUAUUACUGUGACUCAGACAAAUUCAUUCCAAUAUGGAGAUAAAUCAAUAUCUAUUUUGGAGGCUUUCAGUGAAGUCCAAUGUUACAUAAGCAAUGCUUUAUCAAAGUAUACAGAAAAAGUUGACAACAAUGGUGCAAUAAGACAUAGAUAUAGUAUUAAUCCAUAUGACAUGUGUAUGACUGGAAACAGUGAUGUUUAUUUCACUGAUUAUAUUAACAAAUCAAUUGCCCUCCUGUCAACAUCAGGAUCUGUCUCUACAGUCAUCAGUACAGAUCCACUGGGACCAUAUGGAAUCUGUCAGUCAGUGGAUGGUGGACUACUGGUCACCUUGAAAGACAAUGAAUCAGAUUAUUACAAAUUAAAGCCACAAAGCAUUCGUCUGGUGAGACAUAUCACAGUGACAGGUGAUGUCAUCCAUGAGUAUGAGUACCAGGAGGACGGUCACACCAGAUUAUUUACAUUGCCAGUCAGAGUCACACAGAACAGUAACAGUGAUAUCUGUGUUGUGAACCGUACAAAUGAAAAUACAGGUGAACUAGUGAUUAUGUCUCCCUCUGGUCGUAUGAAGUCUGUCUACAGUAGACAGAACCUGAAAGAAGACUUUAAACCAACCGAUGUAGUGUGCGACUCCUUCUGUAACAUCCUUGUUACUGACCAUAACAACAAACAGAUCCAUCUACUGAGUCCUGACGUGGAGUUCCUGAAGUUCUUACUAAUGCAAAAUGAAGUGCACCAUCCAUUCAGAAUAUCUCUGUACAAGUCUACACUGUGGGUGGGAUACUAUGGACGAUGUAUUAAGAGUGGCAUUGACGUCGUUAAAGAUUCUUCAAGAACAGGGCGCCCAAAACAGCUAGCUGUUACUGAUGGAAACGUUGCUGCAGUAAAGAAAUUGUGGUCCAGUUGUGCAAAUUCCAACUCCGCAAGUAGAAGUAUCUCAGGACAGUUCUACAAAAUUAAUGUACAGAAAAAAAUUAAGAAAGUGUAUGAAAAGGAAAGACCAAAGACAGUCUUGAAGAACAUGAAGAUCAUUCAUGACAAUACCCCAGCUCAUAAGA